AUGCCAAAAACCCAAGUACGGCAAAAACCCAAGUAUGGCAAAAACCCAAGUAUGGCAAAAACCCAAGUAUGGCAAAAACAGAAGUAUGGCAAAAACAGAAGUAUGGCAAAAACAGAAGUAUGGCAAAAACCCAAGUAUGGCGAAGACCCAAGUAUAGCAAAAACCCAAGUAUGGCAAAAACCCAAAUAUGGCAAAAACCCAAGUAUGGCAAAAACCCAAGUAUGGCGAAAACCCAAGUAUAGCAAAAACCCAAGUAUGGCAAAAACCCAAGUAUGGCAAAAAUCCAAGUAUGGCAAAAACCCAAGUAUGGCAAAAACGCAAGUAUGGGAAAAACCCAAGUAUGGCAAUAACAGAGGAAAGGCAAAAACAGAAGUAAGGCAAAAACCCAAGUAUGGCAAAAACCCAAGUAUGGCAAAAUUCCAAAUAUGCCAAAAACCCAAGUAUGGCAAUAACCCAAGUAUGGCAAAAACAGAAGUACUGCAAAAAUAG